AUGUCUGACUGGACCUAUGAAAUGCUCCGAUAUGCUUUCAGCUGGAACGACGAGUCAAGCGAAAAGGCACUCAAGUAUGUUGUUAACGGCAGGAGUCCGUCCGAGACAAUGUCAGAGUUCCAGCUUCUCGACAUACUGCUGCUAACUAUUCUGACUGAGAAAGAUGAAGUUGAAAGGACGUCUGCGCUCGUUUUCUUAGAGGAGCACGGCAAGAGUUUGGUCUUUGAUUAUUCGCGGCUUCACAAAGUUUACUUCGUGCUCGAGAACAUUCUGGGUUCGCCAGUUGAUGGUCAGGGCAUGACGUACUCAUUGAAGUCGCAAGUUCUGGUCACGUAUACAGCGCUCUUGAUACAGUUCAACACCUUCGAGACAGACGUCGCUCGCUUCGAAGGCUUCGUGGAUCUAUUAUACUCCAUGGUAAAGCACACAAACAAGUCAGCGGAUCGAAUCCUUCGAGCCUAUGCCUGCGAGUGCUUGCACGAGCUGGAGAGCUGGCAUCCAGGGCUUCUGUUUCCGCUGCUCGGAGAGGACUGGACGGUGCCUCCCAUCUGGGCGGGUGGAAUGACAGCCACAGUGCAACAGGGCUCCUCCGUCGGCAUCAACACGCUGGCCAAGUUCGCCAACGACGAGUUGCUGCACAUACAGGAGAGCUAUGCGCGGCUCUUUUUCACCACGAUCCAGCAUUUCACGGAGCAGUUGGUGCAGGAGGCUCUCAAGCAUCAGCCAGAGGAACGGCGCGAGGAUCUAACGGAGCUUUCUCUGCAGUCGGGCCUCACGACACCUCUCGCAGGGUCGAGGCCCGGCACGCCGCCCCUCACUCCACGUGGCGAGGACGAGACCGGCCAGUCCAGCCAGUGGGCGCUGCCCCAAGCGAAAGGCGACUCUAGGGACGCCAUGUUCCGCUUCCACAUUCCGAAGAACUGCCACGCAGGCCCGGAGUUCGCGUUUGACCUCGCAACGGAUCAGACACCUCCUCGAUUGCCUCGCAAACUGGUGAGGACCAUGACAAGGAGCAUCGGCUUGGUCCUGGAGGCGAUGCCCACGUCCUCGUCCUGGACCAAGAUCUUCAUCGCCGAACGCCUAAGCCUCUUCGUGAAAGUCCUGGCACUGCCGCAGCGCGUGGUCUUCCAUCACUUCUCGCCAUUAUUGCAUGCCUCGCGGCCGUCCUUGUUGCACGCCUUCAUGGUGGUGAACGCACUCUUCACAGCAAAGGAGCUGGGUUCCAACACCGUGGCCGAGGCGGUCGUCCAUCGUCUGUUCGCUCUGGUGCAGGAUGGGGCCAUGGAGCCAUGCUUUCGCUUGCUGUCCGUCAGCUGGCUCAUCGCCCUGUCGAGCUCUUCAAAGAUCUCUUUCAACUUGCUCUGGGAGCGGGUGCAAGAGCUCUGCCCUCGCUGGCACGAUCCUCUGGAGCUGAAGGAGAUGAAGCUGCAAGCGCUGCUGUACUGCUUCAAACUCUCUCAGAACCUGCCCAGCAAUCUCUUGAUCGUCCUGGAGUCCCUCUCGGAGUUCAAAUACUGUCAUCGGCCAGUGGGUGCCCACGCCGUAGUUUUCCGUUUCCUACUCCGAGUACUGAUUGAUUUUGCACCGGAGAUGGACCGCCUGGAGGUUCCGCAAUCCUUGUGCGACAUGCUGCGGUCGCACCUGCGAUUACUUCCUUCGGUUCUAGCGCUCAACCAGAGGGUAAACUCCAAGGCUGUCCAGUGGAAGCUGCUUCACUCACUCGGCCAGUUCGUUUCGCGCCUCGAGCCUCCAUCAAGGAUACAAAGAUACUUUGGCCUCCUCGUUAUUCUCUCCGAGACGCCGUGGCUGGACCCAAGUUACGUCCUGACGGCGCUACAUCGGCUGGUGUUCUGCCCAUCCUCCAGUCUGACAUGGGAAGCGGGUGUGCGCGUUCUCAUUACGUGCCGUCGAAUCAUCCUUUCGCAUCCUCAGGCCGUGAUUUACCAGCCGAUGCUCCGGUUACUGCAGCACCUGGCGACCUACCAGUCCGACGUCGACUUGCGGGACCGGUCCCUGCUCUAUCUGAGGCUGCUCUCCCACUCCGGGCCAGCGGCCUUGGGGGCGCUUUUCAACCCUCACCCUGCAAACAUGCAGAGGAUGACGCAGAUGCUGUCACCCGUGCUUCCCAGAACCGUGCGUCUUAUAAACGGCCCGGUACCUUUCCUGCGCUUCGUGAAGUCACCCGAUGAGCGCAAGAAGCUUGGGCUGCUCGACCGCCAAACCGCUGUGUUUGUGCUUCCGGGUGCCGAAGAAGGUGACCUGCUGAGCAGCCAGUGGGAGAAGAGAUGGGGCGACCCUGGCCUGGACCACAAGUUCCCCGAGGACUGGCUCAAGGUCGGGGCCGGAUCAGGCGGAUUGCCGUGGUUGCUGAAUGAGUACAAGGAGCACCUCAAGGCUUCUCCCUCGAGCAUUCGCUUGCCCUUCACCUUGCAGUAUGAACCUGCUGCUGACAUGGCAUCGGAGGAAUUGAGCUUGGAGUGCCCGCGUCAACUCUUCUCCCUGGAGUUGACGUUCUCCUCCAGCGAGCAUUUCGUCCCAAUCGAGCCAAUUCGUAUUCCGUUUAUUGCUGCUGACGGUGGUCUGGUAGUGGAUGGCGACGAUGGAGAUGGUUUUCCAUGCUUGAAUAAGCUGCUGCUGCGGCUUCGGCCCCUGAGCCCAGUACCAACAUCCUUUGGGGUGAACAUCGCCUUCAACGACAGCUUAAGCCAGAUGUACUUAGGCCAGCUCGAAGCCUUCGAGGUUGCCUUCCAGGAUCUCUUUCUUCCAGUGCGUCUUCCUCUCGUGUUUUGGGCUCCUUUGUUCGAGAACCUCUGGGCAAGUCUCGCCGAGCCAUCCUGGUCAGUGAAGGUCCUGGACUUGGAAAGGGACACCGUGAAGGAGCUGAUCCAGACGCAGCUUGGACCCUUUGUCGUCCCGGCAGAGGUUCAUGUUGAAGAUGAAGAUUUCGAUUUCGAACAAGAAGAGUACUUCGACAGAUGGAACAGCUUGCCCGAAGGCGAAAUGGACCUGCCGGAGCAGGAGCAAGAUGUGACCGUCAAUGUGGACACUACCUUCGCUAUCCUGUUUGUCCCUCCAUGCUAUCACUUGCUGAUGAGGUUUGCAAUAUCGUCGAACUCAACAAUUGUGCGAAUAUUGACAGAUCGCUUCCAGCUGCUCUCCUACAUGGACGCCUUCUUCUUGUCUUGGAGUCGAGACGCUGCAAUGCUCGCCGACCUAAGCCAAGAUGUUGACGUGCGACAAAAAGACAUAGCGCGCAUCGCCUGUUCACCCUGCAGAGCAGUUUGA